AUGGUGCACCAGUUCAGAAACGGUUCUACUCUGGCCUUCAUCAACUAUGGCACAGGCACCUGCCUUGACCUGACUGCAAGCGAUCCCAAGAGCGGCACCCCCGUCAUUGGUUACAGGUACAACGGAACCAGCAAUCAGCACUGGAAGCUCGUCAAGGUGGACUACGCUGGCGCCAAGGUCUUCCCCGUCUACUGGUUGAUCAACCAGGCGACUGGCACCGCCCUCGACCUGCUGAAUGCUUCAAAAGAGAACGGCACUCAGAUCAAUGGCUGGACCACUGGCGAUGGCAAGCCUAACCCUACCCAGCUCUGGCGCCUCGUCACGACCAACGCAAACGGCGCUGUCGUUAUGAUCCAGAAUGUCGGCUCCGGCACCUUUGUCGACCUGUACCUUGGCAAUGCUGCGGACCGCACCAAGAUCACUGGCUGGGCCGGCAACAUCGCCGAGGAGAACCCCCACCAGCUGUGGAGGGUCAAGGUCAUCUCUCAGGAUGACACCAACGACACUCGCGACGAGUCCGAUGACAACUCCGCCAAGAAGAAGGGGUCUAAGUAGGCGCCGCGCGCAGACAUCACCGGGUUCGUCAUGAUCGACGUCGGCCUUUGCUUGGCAAGGCGAUUUGAACCGUGGGAAACACUGCGGUGGAGAACAAAAAGGCAGUGUCCAAGUGCUGG